AUGUCGACGAUGCAAGAACAACUUUGCUCUCAUUCCAUCCCAGGAAAAGCUUCAAAUGCUUUUAAAGAAAAGGAUGCAAAAACCCAAACUUGUCCCAGAGAAGAAGCCAUCAAUGCUGGCUGCUCUGGAAAAGAACAAGAACAAAGAUGUCCUGUUCGAAGUUGUCACCCGAACAAGAAAAAGGAUUACAUUGGUGUUAAAAUUUCGACUAUUGUCAAAAAAAGCACAUCCCCGAAGUUGCUAUUAACUGGAUCUCUUGGUCCUAUGCUUUUCUUGCUAUUCAUAAAUGACUUUCCUGAUGUUAUACCUAAAGCUACAUCAACAGGAUUGUAUGCUGAUGAUACGAAGUUAUACCAAGCAAUUAGAACUUGCGAGGACGGCGUGCAGUUGCAACAUGCCUUGUCGCGUGCUGAGGAUUGGAGUAAAGAUUGUAACAUGAAAUUUAACACAUCCAAAUGUAAAGUUUUAACGAUAUCCCGCCGCAAAACCCCGUGUCAAAUAAAUUACCAUCUUGGACCUGAACUAAAACACGUGGACAGUGAACUUGAUCUGGGAAUCACUGUAACCAGUAACCUUUUGUGGAAUACUCACGUCAAUAAUCUUGUUAACAAGGCAAACAAAAUGCUUGGACUACUAAGAAGAACAUAUCCUUUGCUAACCAAUCAUGAUAUUCGACGUGCCCUAUACCUAUCUCUUGUCAAAUCCCAACUAUCAUAUGCUACGCAAGUCUGGGCACCAACCCUCCACACAAGUAAAUCAAAUCUGGAGAAACUUGAGAGAGUUCAGAGGAGAGCUACAAGAUGGAUCCUGGGAACGAAGAUAGGUGAUAUCCCCUACAAAGAACGGAUGCUCUCCCUUCACCUUAUACCCUUGGCGUACGAUAGAGAAAUAAAAGACUUGAUUUUCUUCUACAAGGCGUUGUAUGGAUUUUAUGAUUUGGAUGUCUCAAGUUAUGUGUCUUUCGUUGGUCAUAGUAGAACUCGUAACUACUGUAAAAAAGAUAUCCCUGUUCUCUGGGAUAUUUCGAAUUAUGUUAACUCUGCGUACAUCGAUGUUGUGAAAGAAUUUCUGAAGAAAUUUAUCAAAAGUGAAAAGCUGCGAGUGGAAGAACAAGGCACUCAUCUUGGUUUCGCUUCCUUCUCAAGCGACAACAGAACUAGAGAAUUAUUGGAGGUUGGUGAAAUUAAGAACAAAACAUUGUUGAUGCAGUGGCUGGAUAGAAAUGACUUUGAAAAUAAUCCGAGCGUCAAUACGGCGUUCAAAAGUAUGGCGAAAAAUCUGUUUAACGAUACAAGUCCUAAAAAUUUCCGUCCGGACGUAAAAGACGUUAUUUUGUUGUUAACCAGCAGCGGACAUGAAUCUUCAGAAAAUCAAACGAAGCUUGUCGAUGAAUAUACCACAAUACUUAGCAAGAAGAAUUUCACUAUUGUCCGCUUGGCUGUCGGGAAUGAGUUCAAAAAGUUGAAACUGUAUAUUAAUGGCUGGUCGUCACCAGAGCGAAUAUUCGAAUUAAAGUUGGACGAGUUGAACAAAGUUGUGAAUGAAACAGUUGAUGCUUCCUGCACUUUGCAUGGCGGAUGUGAAUGCAGAGAUGGCGUUAACUAUGAGUUUACUGCAUAUGCUAAACCUAAUGAAAUCAAAGGGCUGGUUCAUUGGUCGGUACCAGAAGUCACGUGCUCUGACUAUGAGAGAGGCCAAGUUCAUCCACCUGACGUCAGGUCUCCUGCAAAUUUCUCCCUUGGCAAGCAUGUGAUUACCUAUCCCUACUCGUACAAACGCAAUAACAAGACUAUAGAGUUCAAAUGUUUUGUUAACUUCACUGUUAUCGCUUGUGAUUGCCCAUGCACACAAACAGUAAAUUCUGAAGUUGAAGAGGGUCAGGACAAGAAGAUCCUAGUCAGUUGGACAGAACCUAAGCCUAGAUGCCCGGCAACACCAAAUCCCGCCAAUCCGAAACUUAUUGGCUUGUUUUCUAUUGGUAAUUACACGCUGUACUACAAUUACACGUACAGCGACAAGUAUGGAACAUUUGGCAUCCAAUGUCAUGUAAGAAUUGCUGUCACAGUUAUGCUCUUCACUCUAAUAAUAAUCCCAAUUGUUUUACAUUACUUAACUAAAACUUCUUAUAUAACGCUGAGGUUACAAGGAUCUUUAAGUAAAAAUGGAACAGGACGUGUUGAAGUAUUCUUCAAUAGACAAUGGGGAACAAUUUGUGCUCAUGGAUGGGAUUUAAGAGAUGCUAGAGUUGUCUGUCGUCAACUUGGUUAUAAAGAUGCUGUUAGAGCUCCUUACGGAGCUCAGGUUCCUCGUGGUUCUGGACGGAUAUGGUUAGACGAGGUUGGAUGCAAAGGAAUGGAACAAAAUUUGAUAAGUUGUUCUCAUAGAGGAUGGGGAAAACAUGAUUGCAGUCAUUACGAAGACGCUGGAGUAGAAUGUGUUUCAACAGCUUAUAAAACGCUGAGGUUACAAGGAUCUUUAAGUAAAAAUGGAACAGGACGUGUUGAAGUGUUCUUCAAUGGACAAUGGGGAACAAUCUGUGAUAAUACAUGGGAUUUCAAAGAUGCUAGAGUUGUUUGUCAUCAACUUGGUUAUCAAGAUGCUGUUAGAGCUCUUCAGGGAGGUCAGGUUCCUCAUGGUUCUGGACGGAUAUGGUUAGACGAGGUUGCAUGCACAGGAAUGGAGCAAAAUUUGACAAGUUGUUCCUAUAGAGAAUCGAGAGAACAUGAUUGCAGUCAUUACGAAGACGCUGGAGUAGAAUGUGUUUCAACAGCUGAUAUAACGCUGCGGUUACAAGGAUCUUUGAGUAAAAAUGGAACAGGACGUGUUGAAGUGUUCUUCAAUGGACAGUGGGGAACAAUCUGUGAUGAUGGAUGGGAUUUCAAAGAUGCUAGAGUUGUGUGUCGUCAACUUGGUUAUCAAGAUGCUGUGAGAGCUCUUCAGGGAGGUCAGGUUCCUCAUGGUUCUGGACGGAUAUUGUUAGACGAGGUUGGAUGCAAAGGAAUGGAGCAAAAUUUGAUAAGUUGUUCUCAUAAAGGAUGGGGGAAACAUGAUUGCAGUCAUUCCGAAGACGCUGGAUUAGAAUGUAUUUCACCAGGAAAGGAUUGUGGUCACACGGAUUAUAAUCACAUCACUCAUGUUUGCUGUUGUGGUGAAGUCCACAGGAAGAAAUAUGACUUCAAAUGCUGUGGCACAGAAUACUACAAUCCUAAUAACAAGAAUUGUUGCCGAGGAGCGAUCGUUGUCACCUUUGGAGAACUUUGCCCUUAA